UGAAAUUUCGUUAAACUCACGGUAGCUUAUAGUAAAGAAACGACUCCAGAAGAUCCUGGUAGGAAUUUCCCGAAUCAGGCUCCCGAUCUCAACGCCGGGCAUCUGGCGGUCAAAUCCUCGAAGUACCAAAGUCGUCCGCCGCCGCACCACCCUGCUACCAGAUCCGUUGGCUCUAGUUCGUCAACGGAGGGAGGCGGGAAAUUGUCGUCGGAGAAGAUGAUCCUUCCACUGGCGAAGCUCGGGACGCUGACGCUGAAGAUGAUGGCAAAGCCUGUCGCGAUUAGGCUCAAGACAGAGGCCAGCCGCCACCCUAAGUUCCGUCAGCUCAUCAUCAACCUUGCUCAGGCAAAUCAUCGCAUUUCCACAAACAUCCAAAGAAGAUUAUAUGGGCAUUCAACUCAAGUUGAGAUUCGACCGUUGAAUGAAGAGAAAGCUGUUCAAGAUGCUGCCGAUCUUAUCGGGGAGCUCUUUGUAUUCUCGGUUGCUGGGGCUGUUGUGGUCUUUGAGGUGCAAAGAAGUGCAAGGUCAGAGAAUAGAAAAGAGGAGGCUCGUAAAAAGGAAGUUGAGGAACUGAAACAAAAGGAGGAUCAACUGGCUCUAGAAAUCGACACUUUGAAGCUUAGGCUGAGCCAUCUAGAGCGCCUCGCCAACUCGCAGGGCCUCUCAGGAGUUCUUUUCAGGCGUGGCAAUGGCGGCGUGGCAGACCAAGACAAGGCGUCAUGACCAUUUUGAUUAAUUGAAAACUGUGGUCUCAAUUUACGGGCAGAAUUCUAAUCAAGAGAGUGAACAAUCGUCCGGUGUUGUUUGUAAUACUCCAGAUGCGCGCGUGCUUACAAGCGCCUGCGUUAUUCCCGCUGAUCAAAACGCGGAAGACCCAGCGUGUUGUAUGCGCUACUUUUGUACAGUAUACUCGGUAGCAAAGCAUCGCCUGUUGUAUGUCAGCGAGCUGCUAUCCAACUGUACUUUCGUUAAUUUUUUU